GGCAGUUGCUCGCCGGACGCCGGACGCGAAGGAGGUGCUGACUUCUGCUUGUUGGCGCACGCGGCAGUUCGCAAGUCGCUCUAUUCGAUUGUUUUGCUUCGCUCCGAGCCGCUUUCCGCGAACCCAAUAGUGGCUCCGCGGACUCGCGCUCGGCGCUUUGUGAGACAACGAAAUUCGCUGUGCUCGUGUAACCUUCGGCAUCGCGAUCAAGUUAUAUGUGACUCAGGGCAGAGAUGCGCGCGAGAUACCGCUGCUGACUCGCGCUUCAAUUCUAAGCUUGCAUGUAAACAAACGGGGGCGGCGGUGGCCGAUGUUGCCAAGUGCGAAGACCACCAGACUCGCCGACAAAGAGGCCCGAUGAGGCCAUGAACAAGGACAACGAGGACCGGUACUGCGACUACCCCUUCAGGCUGCAGGAAAUCUCGGGCCUGCCUUCGGACUUCAUCAGGCCCGAUGUCCUACCUGUGCGCGAAAUCCCUCACAAGACCGAUCCGCGCCGCGACCGCAGCCUCCAGCAUGUCCUCGAUCUUCAGCGCACGUGGGAGGAGAAUAACCCUCCGCUCAGAGACAAGCCUGUGAACAACGAUAUUCCCUGGAAACUGCGACGCAUCGACGACAUAGACAAAAAGUCUAUCAAACUCGCCGACACUGCGCACAUGCCCCACUGCCGUGAUCCUCGACGCGCUGAAAUCGUGAAUCCCCGGCCCCGCGAAGGUGAGGCUACCUCCACCGAGCGUCCCAGACCACCAACACCGAACCUGGUUGAAAACUUCCAGAUACAGGUGGAGUUGGCAACCUGCCCCAUCCUCACCGUCGACCUCACGGAAUGGCCGGAAACAGUUCAUUCCUACAUUGAUGUUAUACCCCACGAGUGCAACAUCCUCCGGGCCGAAUUGCUCGCCUCUUCGCCCAAAACGAGCGAGCAACUAGUCGACGUCGACAACGAGAACGUUAACAUCCUGCUUGAGACCAUGCGCCGGCGCGAAAAUAACGACGACGUGGAAAUCGUCGAGGACGACGACGUGACCGAGGUCUCGGGCUACAACUCCGGCGACACCACCAAGCCCAUGCUCAGCAUGAACGACGCGAACCGCGUGUACGACGUCGAGCUUCCGCUGGGGAGCUUCCUCGGGGACGAAGAACUCCCACCCAUCCCCGUGGUUAAGCCUGAGCCGAAGGUAGUGCGGCCCGUGCCAAGCUACGACGAGAGCAACAUUGAUCUGGUUGAUCUGUGCGACGACGACGACGAGGACGUGAGGCCCCUGCUGCCGAAGCGCGAACGUAGCUCAUCGAUAGUGUGCGGUGUUCUCGAAGUCAUAACUCUCGACUCGGACGACGACGUCUACGACGACGGAGCUAAUAACAGGGGAGAUGCCUCGGUGCUGGAAGAAAGUAUUACCCCAGCUGAGCAACACAUGGAUUCGACGUCGAGGGUCUCCGAUCGCCCUCGAAUUCCAAGCUUCCCUCGGGGCCAACAAGAAAGUGCUGGUCAAGUGCUACUCCCCGCUGCGAGUGGCAAUGGUGUCGUGAACAGUAAUACUGCGACGGCGAGCCAAAGCCGUCAAGUGCUACUGGACGAAGUUAAUUCGAUGCAUGUCGACGCUGAGAUUUGCGAAGUGCGCGAUAAUGAUGCAAUAAGCGCAGCGGGCCGAAAUCGGACUUGGAGGCAUCUCGAUGAUGCGAGGAUUAACGAAGUGCAGAAAGUAGUUGAAUUCGACGAAAUCUGGGAUAGUAUGAAGGAAACCGAUUGGGCGGACGAUUCGAUAAUUUUCCGCCCGAAUAAUAACGAAACUGGUGAUGGCGAUAUCAAUAGUGAUAAGAAAGAACCCGAAUUCCAAAUGGAAUGCGAGACGACAAAUGAAGCUCGCGAAAACUUCGAUAACGAGCCUUGUCUAUUAAAUAAUAAUAAGACUGAUGAUGACGAGCCAGCGCCACGGCGAAUUAGUAUAGUAACGAGCGACGCAUUCCAUGCGCAAAAAAAACUCUUAAUCGAUGUCAUUUCACAUGCGAACGACGAUAUGGGAAAUGAUUCCGAAUAUUUAGAUAUUUUGCCGAGCCCCAUGGAGGAAACUAAAAGCCAGCAGACGACACCUGAAAACGUAACUACCGAGCAAUUGCAGCGGGUGAUAAACGACAUGACGAGUGCCAAUUAUCUUGGCCGAUCCAUUUUUGCAAAUUGUUCCCCGAUCGAGGACAUUACUCUCGCUUGCCCGGAGAAGAGAAAGACAAGAGAAAAGGGACAAGAGUUUCCGGAGCAGAACAGCGAAGAGGUGCCGGAGCCGCCGGAAAAAGAGCGACGAACAAGUGAACGUAAAGAGUCCCUCGAUCAAGACGAAAAUACAGUAGUCAGUAAGCCGUCCGAGCAACCGGUGCUCAAAGUAAACACACCCGCCACCGUGCCUAAUGUGUCUACCGCGAUCAAGCUUUUUCAUCAAAGCAAGUCCAUGCAAUACCUGCCAACUCGGGACAAUGCGCCGCCUCUGAUGACUUCGACUAUCUUCAACUUCGAUCAGGCUCUGCUCAACCACCUCAUUAAUUAUGUGAGGAAUUUCAAUAUAGAGAGGUCCAGCAUAGAGUUUAUGCUCCAUGACUACGGAGGACUGUCGGUCACCAGGGCCAUGCAGGUUGUUAACGAGACUUUCUGGCGUAACAGGUAUAAUCAUUGGAGUCACCAUGAUUGGGAUAGAUCCAUUAGUACUGAAUCUUCAGAUUUACUCAUUAGUGAAGAUACCAUAGAUAUUUUACCUCAAGAUGAUCAAAUUGCAAAUAAUAUUGAUGCAUCAUACUUUUUAAAAUACCCGGGGCUAAAAGCAAACAAACCAGCAAUAGAAAGCGACAUGCAAACAAUAUCCCAGGAUUCACGAUUUUAUUCAGAUAAUCAUGCUCUUCAAACAAAUACAAAAAUCAGACGAAAUACAAACCUGGAAUCAAAAACAAGUGAGUUUGAUACCAUUGGAAGUAAAUCAGAAAUUAAGAAGAUUAAGAAGCGUCAUUCUCUUCCUACAGCUAUUGAUCCUCAUACAAACUUUGAAUUCCAAUCAAGUGUUUUUGAUACCAUUGAAAGUAACUCAGAUAUUAAGAAAAUUAAGAAGCGUCAUUCUCUACCUACAGCUAUUGUUCCACAGUGCUAUAGUUUUUCAAAGAGGCCACGUUCAAAAUCGUAUGAUUCAUGUAACAGCCACAACAAAAGUAUUUCACCUAUAAAACUUACAUUAACGAGAGACCAAUCUAAUCAACAAAAUUGGUUUGCGUCAACUAAAAAGAGUCCCAGUAUUUCAGAGUAUAAUAAUCUGGGAAAAAGAUCUCAUAAAUUGAAUUGUUUCACAGAAAAUGUGAAAACAAGCUGUCAUUUAACAAUAGGUUUUACUAAAAAUCAAUCUUGCAGUGACAAAAUUGUUCCAGAGCUUGAAAAUAAUGAUUACAUUAGCAAACCAAUAAUUAGUGACAAAUUUAUUGGCAAGCAAAGUUUAGAGAAACAUUUAUCACCAUUUUUAAAGAGUAGAGUUAAAAGACCACAUCAGGUGACUGAAACAGUAGAUAUGUUACAGUCAAACUUUACCUCAAAACGUCCAAAACUAUCUGAACAAGCAUUAGAUGCAAAUAUCAACAUUAAUAUCAAUUAUAUAAAUAAUCAUUUAGGUUGUAUGAACAAACAAGAUAUAAAAUCUGUUGAAUUAAGUCAAUCAUUCAGUGACUUUUCAAAGAAGGAUUUAUCAAAGAGCUUUAAAAAUAAUGUUUCCAAUCUCAAUAUUUCUCUAAGUUAUAGUGAUACUUGUGAAAAACACAAUGUGUUACAUAUUAGAUCAGAGUCUAAUGGAAAUGUACAAAUAGAUCACAAUUCAAACAUUGCAAAGAAUAGUCAUAAGGUACAAAAGAUAUCUAGUCCAAAAAGAAAAAAGUCACCUGAACAGAAUAAGAGAGGCAAGAGAACAUCAGUGGAGAUGAAUGAAAGAAAAAAAAUGAAAAUCGGCCAGAAAUUUGCAGAAAUCUUUGGUGAUUCUGAUUCUGAUGCAUUAGAAAUCAUAUGUAGUCCUAGUAAUUUUGCUUUAUCUGAAAAGGCAUUAUCCAAAGGUAAUUAUAUUGAUUCAGAUGAUAGUCAUCAUAGCGAUGCUAAUUGUGAAACAAAUGUCAUUGUGAAACAAGUGACAUUGAAUAAACAUGAUAUAAAUGCAACUUUAGAAAAGUUAUCUAAGGUCUCAGAGAUUGAAUCAGUAUUGAACACUGCAGAAAAAUGCAUUAAAAUGGCAACUAAUGACUUAGUACUAGACCAAUCUGAACAUUCUUCUAGCUCAAUACAAGAAAAUCAAGACUUUGAAGAAUCACUCAAACUUACCGAAUCAAAAACAUUAGGUGUAAAUGAAUCAAGCAAACUUUCUACUAGAGCUGUACAUCCAAAUAAGUCAGAUAAAAAUUCUAUGUUACUAGAAAAAAUAGAAACAAAUACAACAAUAAAUUCUAUUGCCAGGCUGAUUUCAGAAAAAACAUCAAACACUUCAUUAAAAACGUCUGAAAACAACAUUGAAAUCUGUGAAUCAUCUACAGAACCAGUAACAAUCAAUGUAAAGGCAAAUGAAUUAGCAGAUAAAUGUGUGAGUAAAGUGCAAUCUAAUGUAUCAUUUGAACAUUUUUCAUCAAAUACAUCCGAAAUAAGUUUAUCAAAAACAACUGAAAUAAAUUCACCAACAUCAAUAACUGAAGAAACUUCAUCAAAAGUUACAAGUGAAGAUCAAGUUGAAAUCCAUGAAUCAACCACAAUCAUUGCAAAAACAAACGAAUUUGUAGAUAAAUCUGCAAAUACAGUGCAAUCGGAUCUAUCAUCUGACAAUACUUCAUCAAGUACAACAUUUGAAGUUACAAGUGAAGAUCGAGGACUUUGUAAUUUGAAUGGUACAAAUUGUGAUUCAAGUAAAGAUGAAACUAUGGAUCUGCAAGAGGGUGAUUUUGAUUUCCAAGUGGAUAAUCGCUCUGUUUGUUCAUAUGAUGACUGUUUAUCUUCAGAUACUGCGGAAUCAGAAGAUCUAACUUGUUCAUAUAGUGUAAAGAUCCAAGGUUUAGGAAAUGAUGAGAGUACUAAUAAUAGUAAAAAGCCCAAAAAUCAGCAACUACUAGUUUCUAAAAGAUCUGAAGUCACAGCUGAGCAAAAUAAUACUUACUGUUUUGAAAAAUCACCUACAUAUAUCAAUGAAUGUGGUAUAGAAUGUGUUAGGAAUGAAAUAAGUGAUAGCACUGGUGCUAAUAAUGAAAAAACUAAAGAUUUCAAUAGUUAUAAUGCAGAGGGAAGUUUUGACUAUGAUUCAGAUAAUCAAUUGAUUAUUUGUGAAUCCCCAGUCCAAAACGAAGUAUCAUCAUCAACUAUUUCAUUUCCUAAUCAGAAUUCUCCAAUAACUUUUGGUAAUAGCAAUAAUAUUAAUAAAGAAACUUCUUUAUUAUCAAGCAUUGAUGCUGCAGAACCAAUUAGGACAGGUGCUUCACCAGACAAAACUUUGCUUGCAGAUUUAAAAGAUCCAAACAUUUUAAAAAAGUAUAACUUAUUUCUAGAAGAAGUACCAAGUGAAACUUUCACUGAGUCAAUAGAAAAUCAGGAAGAACUAGAAGCAUUUGAAUCUUUAAAAAAAAUAAAUGAUUACUUAGAAAAUGCAACCUAUGAAAAUAUUAUAGAAGAACAUAGCAAUCAAUCAUUAAAUGAACAACUAAAAAAUUCAAUUGAGGAAUUCAAAAAAUUCAAUAUUCAUUGCAUUGAUAUUGAUGCUGAUGAAGUAAUUAAUGCAACCAAGUCGAUAGAUAACAGUAAUUCAACAGUAAGAAAUUUUUCAGGAACCUUUAAAGUAAGGAAUAUAAAUGAAUUAUUAGAGAAACCACAAACAAAUAUAGAUUCAGCAUUAUCACAAACAAAUAUAGAUUCUGUAAAUGAAAAAACAGCAGGUAAAGUUGUAAAAACACAAUCAGAAGAAUUUUCAAAUAUAAUAGAAUCAAUAUAUAACAGUAUAUCUUCUUCUCUUGAACAAUUAAUACUUAUAGUGAAAUCAAUAUCUUUUACAAAACAAAUUCAUAGUCCAGUGGGAAUUAAGAUUAUCCCUAACACUGUCUCUCAACUUAAUAAUCAAUCUUGUGAAAACGUAUUACCAGUAAAUUUGUCACAAUCAACUGCACUUUCAAAUAAUUCUCGAGUUUGUAUUAAACUGGCCUCUAAUAUGUUCUCAAAUGAAUUUUCUACCACAGAUGAUUUGCCAACGAUUUACUCUAUGGAAUCUCCACUUCUAGAUACUCUGCAAGUACUAAUGCCAGCAUUGAGAACCAAAGAAGAUGUAGAGAAGUAUAAAAAACUUUUAAUAAGCAAACUUGAUUCGCAUUUAGAAUUACUUCAAAACAUCCCAAGAAAGGACCUCGUAAGAUUCAGUGAUGAUCUUUUGAAAUAUAACACACUAUCUGAAAAGACUUGGGAAUUUCAACAAUUAAUUCUCACCAUAAUGCAGUGCAUUAGUAGACUUAUAUACUGUGCUGUGGAUGAAAAUAAACAGCGUAUAAUACAAAUUAUUGAAAAAACCAUCAACCUGUCAAAGUAUAAGCAAGUUUAUUUAGGAGAAGCUAUAAUACUUUAUCAAAAGUUGGCAACCCAAGGUCUAUGUCAUAAGUAUAUAUUUUUAUAUGAUCCUCUAACUAUCGAAUUUGACGUCGAUCGUAGCUCAAUGCCUGAUAAGGAUUUUAAGAUGAAUGACAGCCAAAUGACCAUUUAUUUUCAACAAAUCACAUCGUAUAGAUCACUUCAAAAACUUCCACAUUUAGAAGUGAGUGACCUUAAAGUCAUAGCCAGCAAGCCGAUCACAACUCACCAAAUUAAUAGUUUUCAGAGCUUUUCUACAAAUAAUGUCCAAAUGACAGUAUCAAAUUUACGAAAUGCUCAAAUCUCACAGCAAGUGCAAUACAAUCAAACAACAUUAAUACCAAGCUGUGUACCUCAAUCAACUGGUAUCCAAGUUCCUCCAGUACCAAUGCCAAGAAAUCCUUUAAUUCAACAAGUAUGUUCAACGUGUAAGAAAGCAAGUACUUUGAUGAUUAUUUGCUAUUGUAAAAAUGUUAUAUACUGUUCACCGAGCUGCCAUAAAAGGGAUUGGAUUAAUCACGCUAAGAUUUGUAAAAGUAACAUGUUCAUGCAUCGUCAGUUAAAUUAAGUUUUUGUAAGAUGUAGUUUUAUAGUUAUUAUAACUGGAAGGUUUUCAAAACUCUCUGUAUCAUAAGUUGUAACAUCUUGUUAUAUUGUAUUUAUUGUUGAUUUAUAUAGAAACACGUAAAAAAGUGGUUGAAAACUUUUUUACGUUUAAUAAGUUAAAAUAUUAUAUUGUAAUUAAAAAGAAACUUAUUUUUUAAUUUUACAUUAAAAUUAAACAUUUUUA